ACUCUGUGUUCGGUCUGACUCAGAACAGUCGCACUUCCUUCUCAGCUAGAAUAUUUUUAUCUGGAACCGUUGCCAGUUCAAGAUGAGCCCACCCCUGAACGUCUGGGUUUCAUUGUCUCGCUCAGUUUAGACUGUGUAUAUCCACAAGGUUCCGGCAAGGGCUAGCAGGUGCAUCAACUCUUUCUGUUUUUUGUUUGUGAGGAAGGGGGUGGCUUCAGAGCCCAUGGCGGGCAGGGUUCAGAGUCUUACAAGUACGUGCUUAAGAAUUACUGUACAGGCUGUUGCUUUAAGAGGACAAAGCUGCUUAGUCCCAGCCAUGAGGAAAAUCAGUGAGUAUUUGGUUGCUUAGGGCAUGGAGCUAGAGAACUAUGAACAGCCGGUGGUUCUAAGAGAGGACAACCUCCGCCGGCGCCGGAGAAUGAAGCCGCGCAGCGCAGUAGGCAGCCUGUCCUCCAUGGAGCUCAUCCCCAUUGAGUUCGUACUGCCCACCAGCCAGCGCAUCAGCAAGACUCCAGAAACAGCGCUGCUGCACGUGGCUGGUCACGGCAACGUGGAGCAGAUGAAAGCCCAGGUGUGGCUGCGCGCGCUGGAGACCAGUGUGGCUGCGGAAUUCUACCACCGGCUGGGCCCAGACCACUUCCUCCUGCUCUACCAGAAGAAGGGACAGUGGUAUGAGAUCUACGACAGGUACCAGGUGGUGCAGACCCUAGACUGCCUGCGCUACUGGAAGAUGAUGCACAAGAGCCCCGGUCAGAUCCAUGUGGUACAGCGACACGCACCUUCUGAGGAGACCCUAGCUUUCCAGAAGCAGCUCACCUCCCUAAUUGGCUAUGAUGUCACUGACAUUAGCAACGUGCACGAUGAUGAGCUAGAGUUCACUCGCCGCCGUCUGGUCACACCUCGCAUGGCAGAGGUGGCUGACCGUGAUGCCAAACUCUAUGCUAUGCACCCUUGGGUGACGUCCAAACCUCUUCCAGACUACCUGUCAAAAAAGAUUGCCAACAAUUGCAUCUUCAUCGUCAUCCACCGCAGCACCACCAGUCAAACAAUCAAGGUCUCCGCAGAUGAUACUCCUGGCACCAUCCUCCAGAGCUUCUUCACCAAGAUGGCCAAGAAGAAGUCCCUAAUGAACAUCCCAGAAAGUCUAAGUGAGCAGGAUUUUGUGUUGCGGGUCUGUGGCCGCGAUGAGUACCUGGUGGGUGAAACGCCUCUCAAAAACUUCCAGUGGGUGAGGCAGUGCCUCAAGAAUGGAGACGAAAUACACCUGGUGCUCGACACGCCUCCAGACCCAGCCCUAGACGAGGUGAGGAAGGAAGAAUGGCCACUGGUGGAUGACUGCACUGGAGUCACCGGCUACCAUGAGCAGCUGACCAUCCAUGGCAAGGACCAUGAGAGUGUGUUCACAGUGUCUUUGUGGGACUGUGACCGGAAGUUCAGGGUCAAGAUCAGAGGCAUUGACAUCCCUGUCCUGCCCCGGAACACCGACCUCACUGUUUUUGUGGAAGCAAACAUCCAGCACGGACAACAAGUCCUUUGCCAAAGGAGAACCAGCCCUAAGCCCUUCGCGGAAGAGGUGCUCUGGAAUGUGUGGUUGGAAUUUGGCAUCAAAAUCAAAGACUUGCCCAAAGGGGCCCUGUUGAACCUGCAGAUCUACUGCUGCAAAACACCAGCACUGUCCAGCAAGGCUUCUGCUGAGACGCCAGGCUCCGAGGCCAAGGGCAAAGCCCAGCUUCUCUAUUACGUGAACUUACUGUUAAUAGACCACCGGUUCCUGCUCCGCCAUGGGGACUAUGUGCUCCACAUGUGGCAGAUAUCUGGGAAGGCGGAAGAACAAGGCAGUUUCAAUGCUGACAAACUCACUUCUGCAACCAAUCCUGACAAGGAGAACUCAAUGUCCAUCUCCAUUCUGCUGGACAACUACUGUCACCCCAUAGCCCUGCCUAAGCAUCAGCCCACCCCUGACCCAGAAGGAGAUAGGGUCCGAGCUGAAAUGCCCAAUCAGCUUCGCAAGCAACUAGAGGCGAUCAUAGCCACAGAUCCACUUAACCCCCUCACAGCAGAGGACAAAGAAUUGCUCUGGCAUUUUAGAUAUGAAAGCCUGAAGCAUCCGAAGGCAUACCCUAAACUAUUCAGUUCAGUGAAAUGGGGACAGCAAGAAAUUGUGGCCAAAACAUACCAGCUGUUAUCCAGAAGGGAGGUCUGGGAUCAAAGUGCUUUGGACGUUGGCUUAACCAUGCAGCUCCUGGACUGCAAUUUUUCAGAUGAAAACGUAAGAGCCAUUGCAGUUCAGAAACUGGAGAGCCUGGAGGAUGAUGAUGUUUUACAUUACCUUCUCCAGCUGGUGCAGGCUGUGAAAUUUGAACCAUAUCAUGACAGUGCUCUGGCCAGAUUCCUGCUGAAGCGUGGCUUGAGAAACAAAAGAAUCGGUCACUUCUUGUUCUGGUUCCUAAGAAGUGAGAUAGCCCAGUCCAGACACUAUCAGCAGAGGUUCGCUGUGAUCCUGGAAGCGUAUCUGAGGGGCUGUGGCAUGGCCAUGCUGCAGGACUUCACACAGCAGGUCCAAGUGAUCGAGAUGUUACAAAAAGUCACCAUUGACAUCAAAUCACUCUCUGCUGAGAAGUAUGACGUCAGUUCCCAAGUUAUUUCACAGCUUAAGCAAAAGCUUGAAACCCUGCAGAAUUCCAGUCUCCCCAAGAGCUUUAGAGUCCCCUAUGACCCUGGACUGAAAGCAGGUACCCUGGUGAUCGAAAAAUGUAAAGUGAUGGCUUCUAAGAAAAAGCCCCUGUGGCUUGAAUUUAAAUGUGCUGAUCCUACAGUCCUAUCCAAUGAAACCAUUGGAAUCAUCUUUAAACAUGGUGAUGACCUUCGACAAGACAUGUUGAUCUUACAGAUUCUACGCAUCAUGGAGUCCAUUUGGGAGACUGAAUCUCUGGACUUGUGCCUUCUGCCAUAUGGUUGCAUCUCAACUGGUGAUAAAAUAGGAAUGAUUGAGAUCGUGAAGGAUGCCACAACAAUCGCCCAAAUCCAGCAAAGCACAGUGGGUAACACAGGGGCAUUCAAAGAUGAAGUCCUGAGUCACUGGCUCAAAGAAAAAUGCCCUAUUGAAGAGAAGUUUCAGGCAGCAGUGGAAAGGUUUGUUUACUCCUGUGCCGGCUACUGUGUGGCGACGUUCGUUCUUGGGAUAGGUGACAGACACAAUGACAACAUUAUGAUCUCAGAGACAGGAAACCUAUUUCACAUAGACUUUGGACACAUUCUUGGGAAUUACAAAAGUUUCCUGGGCAUCAAUAAAGAGAGAGUGCCAUUUGUCCUGACCCCAGACUUCUUGUUUGUGAUGGGGACCUCUGGGAAGAAGACGAGCCCGCACUUCCAGAAAUUUCAGGAUGUCUGUGUCAGGGCUUAUCUAGCUCUUCGCCAUCACACAAACCUGCUGAUCAUCCUGUUCUCCAUGAUGCUGAUGACAGGAAUGCCCCAGUUAACAAGCAAAGAAGACAUUGAAUAUAUCCGGGAUGCCCUCACAGUGGGGAAAAAUGAGGAGGAUGCUAAGAAGUAUUUCCUUGAUCAGAUUGAAGUUUGCAGAGACAAAGGAUGGACGGUGCAGUUUAACUGGUUCCUACAUCUCGUUCUUGGCAUCAAACAAGGAGAGAAACACUCCGCUUAAUAUUCGGUGCUAGAGCCAAAAGCAAUUUUGUGUUCAAAAGCUUUGAAAUUAGCAUGUGUCAGUCAUCAGACUUAAAUUUAAAAUGCAGUAGGACACUCUGAACACUGGCACUUUGGAAAUACAGUUUUUUUCCCCAGCUGAACUCUUCACCAGAGGAAAAAACGUUGGCAUUAAUGAUGGUUUGGUUAAAUAUUCAGCUUGCAGCUUCUUUGCUGUUUUUCUUUUCCCUCUCAGACUCCAUAAUGUUGGUGAACAUUCUAAGUUUAAAUAGCCUGGCGACUUGCUUAUUAUGCCUGAUGAUCUUAUACUGAGUGUCUCUGGAGGUUCUUUAGUAGAAUAAUUGGUGAUGCCUGUUGCCACGUGUGUUUACUAUCAUUUUGGCUUUCUAGUGUUCUUUCAGCUCCUGAUAGAAAAGGGUGCAAGCACUGCUCAGCUCUGCAGCACUCUUUAAAAGGUGUUUCUAAGCAGCCCCUCUGCCCACAGAUGCUGGGGAUAUGCUAGAAGCAGGGAGUGCCAGUUGCCUUCUGAGUGCCCUCAGCAAUUAGUCUCACAGUGUGCAGCUGGGAUGCGCAGAUGCUGAAAGCACACUUCGAGCUUGAGCCUUGGCCUCCCCUGCUGGGGUAGCUCUAUGGUUAUGGAUAUGAAAAAUGGAGGUAAGACCUUUUCCCGGAGUGUCAUCUCCUCUGGCACAGAAACAGGAAGUGACUAAAGGACCGUUCGAUGCCUGCACACUCAUCUUUCCCCUUACCCCAUCUCCCUUCUUCCUGCCUUGCCAUCUCCUGCACUUAGUCCUGGACUUGAGAAAUCUUUAAGGACAGUUUUUCCCAACAACUCAAAUGACUUGAAAAAGAAAGUCUGCUCUAGGCUUAUGGGAAUUAUAGGCACUUAUUUGUGGAGCUGUUCCAUGGAUUUUUUAAAAAGUAUAUUACUAAAAGAUGGGUUCCAGAAAAUAUUAGUUUCUAAAUGUUUUAAUUUUACAUUCUGAAUCUGAACAGUUUUUUAUUUUUAAUGGAAAAAGAUAGUUGCUAUCUAAUGUAUUCUAAGCUUAUAACACACUUACUUGCAUAUUCAUUUUCCAACUUAAAGGACUUGACUUUUAAAAAUUGAGGCAUCCUGGAGACCACUGAACCAUCUUCCUUUAAAGCAUUUUCUCAUUUCUCAACUAUUAUGUUUUUUUGUUAUUAGCGUUGAUCUGCCUUAGAAAGAGAUCAGUAAAUUAUUUAAUCAAAUAUCUUUACCUGUCAUUAAUUCCAUAUAAAGAACUGCCACACCAA